UUUUUGGAAGAGCAGCAAAAAUAGCAAUCAUUUUUAUAUAUUUUUUAAAGUAAAUUUAAUAUUUUUGCAUAAGUUUGCGCGUCAUAAUUAUUUUGGUACAAACAAACUGUAAAGUGAGCAAGUGUUAAAAAUGAAUCCAAUCAUAAACAUCGCAUGUGAAUUUAAUACUAACGAAAACUUUAUACCAAAAGACGUGGACUCUGGAUUUAUCGACCAAGAUCCUCUAGAUGGGUUGGGUGUAUGCAAUGAAGAAAAAUUUAAUAAAUUAGACCAAGUGGUCUUUGCUGAUCCUAUAAAUUAUACACACAAUAACUUAAACACAGAAAAUGAUGAUAACAUAGACCCCACAUUCACAUUCCUUGACAAAGUGACAGUAGAAAAGAGGGUUGGAAAAAGAAAUAAAUAUCACAUUGAAUUAGAAGAUGUUUCUAAUCCAGUCUGUCCGGAGAAAAGCUGCCAAAGGAAAUUCUCCACUAUAACCCUGUUAAAAGCUCACAUACGUAAAGUACACUGCAGUGUACAAAGAUACACGUGUGAGUUUUGUGGUCUCAGCUUCACAGCCAAAUACUUGUUGAAUCGUCACACAGUGGUGCAUGAGAGGAGCAAAGUGCAGUGCCUUGUAUGUAAAAGAAUGCUGAGCAAGAGGACCAAUCUAUCGGUGCAUAUGCGGUUUGUGCAUAGACAGGGAGAGUUGAAAUGUGACAAGUGUGAUCAAAGGUUCGAAAAACGCAGUCAAUAUACCCGCCACAAAUCGUCGCACAAGGUCUAAAGGUAAAGAAGUCCAGAAAAGAUGGCGGUCCAUCCGGGACUCGUACACAAAGGCGUUCCGCCAGGGCAAGUGCCCGCCGCCGGAGAUGUGUGCCCCGGGGAGCAAGCGGUACCAGUACCACAGGCAGAUGUCCUUCCUGUUGCGUGCUCUGCAGAACAA